UUGUAUUGUGUUAUUUCAUAGUGAGAAGCAUUAGAUCGUUACUGAGCUGCACUUGCGUGUGCACGUGUACACAGAAGGUUAGAUUAUAGCGGAAAGUUGACUGACUGACUGACUGAGCGGAGCUGAACUGUAAUUGUGAAUCACGCAGCUUCGUCCAAUCCCCGCUCUCUGUGGGCGGGGCCAUGAGCGCGGUUUCACAUAAACCAGCUUGUCUGUUCGGAGAACCAAAAACAGACUCUAGACCGAAGAUGCUUUAGCAGCUUGACAGUCCGAGUGACACUGAAGGCUCCUCGCUUUGCUAUGCAGUCAGUGGACACCCCGGUGCUGGCCAAGGCGCCCGCUGUGGCGCUGUUCGCGGACAGGAUGGGGGACAGCGUGAACCAGAGCGGCUGGCCGACGGCGAACAGAAGUUUGGCGGAGCAGCACAAGUUCAGCAGCCUGGAGGACAUCGACGUGUCGGCGGACGGCAGCCCCGCGCUGAGGAUCAUCAUCUCCACCGUGUACUCGGCCGUGUGCGCCGUGGGGCUCGUGGGCAACCUGCUGGUGUUCCUGCUGAUGAAGAUCAAGCAGGGGCGCAAGACGAACGCGGUGAACUUCUUCGUGGUCAACCUGGCCGUGACGGACUUCCAGUUCGUGCUCACGCUGCCCUUCUGGGCCGUGGACACGGCGCUGGACUUCAGCUGGCCCUUCGGAGACGCCAUGUGCAAGAUCAUCCUCUCGGUCACCGUGAUGAACAUGUACGCCAGCGUCUUCUUCCUCACGGCCAUGAGCAUCGCGCGCUACUGGGCCGUGGCCUCCGGGCUGAAGCGGCGUGGCGCGCGACGCAGUGCGCUCUCCGUGAAGUGGGUGUGCGCCGUGCUGUGGAUUUUGGCCACCGUGGCCACGGCGCCCACCUCCGUCUUCUCCACUGUGACGGUGGUGGCGGGAGAAAAGCUCUGCCUCCUCAGGUUCCCGGAGGGCCACCGCUGGCUGGCGUUGUACCACCUCCAGAAGAUCCUGGUCGCCUUCAUCCUGCCCAUGACCAUCCUCUCCAUCUGCUACCUGUUGCUGCUGAGGUUCAUCCGCCGCAGGGGCAUGAAGAGCAGCCGUCCGAGGAGGCGAUCCACCGUGACCAAGUCGGUGACGGUGGUGGUUCUGUCCUUCUUCAUCUGCUGGAUGCCCAACCACGCCAUCACGCUGUGGGGCGUCCUGGUGAAGUUUAAUGCGGUCUACUGGGACAAAACGUAUUACCUGGUCCACACCUACGUGUUCCCGCUGACUGUGUGUCUGGCUCAUGCGAACAGCUGCCUGAACCCCGUGCUGUACUGCUUAAUGCGCAGAGAGGUCAGGAAGAUGCUGAAGAAACUCUUCUGGCGAUUCUCCUCACCUGCCAUGUCCGGCGGAGGCGCAGCCAUCAACCCGCAGCGGGACAAUGCGCGCGCUCGAAUCCCUUUAAACACUAUCGACACCGAAAUCUGUCACAUAUCCAGGCCGCCUGCACAGCUGCUGCCAUCGAUCCUCACUCCCCAUUCCUGUCCCCACCACGGCGUGCUCUCGGACUAACGACUCUGCUGAAGCAACGUUGAUGUGACACAGCGGAAUGGUCACUGUGAGUGGCCUGUCGUGGAAACAAGACCUAAAAAUGAUUCAUUGAUUGAUUGAUUUGUUUGUUUAUUAUACACAGAAAUAUUCUUCGUCUGAUCUGGUCGCCUAAAUGUGGGCUAAACACGGAGAGGAAACAUCUUUACACAUUCAUUAAUUCAUUUAUUUAUGUAUUUGUUUGUUUGUUUGUUUAUUUUAAAUUAAAUGAUUCUUCAUCUGAUCUGGUCGCCUAAAUGAACGUCACACAUGCACCGUUGUGAGAGGAAACAUAUAUUUAUUUGUUUGUUUAUUUGUUAUAAAUAAAGGGAUUCGUCGUCUGAUCUGUUUGCCUAAAUGGUGGUUAUACACGUCCAGUUAGUUAUGAGGAGUAUAUUUUUACAUGUUUAUUUAUUUAUUUAUUUAUUUAUUUAUUCAUUCAUUCAUUCAUAAAAUCUUCGCCUGAUCUGUUUGCCUAAGUGUUGGUUAAACAUCUCCAGUUGUGAGGAAUAAAAUCUAUUUUGAAUUAUUUAUUUAUUUGCUUGUUUGCUUGUUUUAAAUAAAGGGGCUCCUCCUCCGAUCUGUUGCCUAAGUGUUUAUUAUAAAUGACCUGUUAUCUUUGAAAUAUCCAUUUAUUUCUUAUAAAUAAAGAGGUUCUUCACCUGA